AUGGCGGGAAAAGUCGACCCCAAUGAUCCGAGGAAACUGACAGAUUUUAAAUUAUUAUCUUUUGAUGUAUAUUCCACAUUAAUCGACGAGAAAGGUGGGCUCUUCACCGGUCUCUACCCCCUCCUCUCCCGACUCCCCGAACCCCUCAAAUCGAGCUAUCUCAAUUCCCGCGCCUCCACCCUCCAAGCCUUCCAACACCACGAACACCAACUCCAAAAAACUCACCCCACACUCCCCUACCCCUCCAUCCUACAUCUCGCCUACCUUUCCUUCGCACAAUCUCUCCCCUUCUCCCCUCCCCCCUCCCCCUCCACUCUCGAAUCCGAAGCCCAGGAGUUCUCACAAAACAUUCCAAACUGGCCCGCAUUCCCCGAUACUGUUUCCGCGCUGCAGAAAUUGCAUAAGUAUUACAAACUGGUCAUUCUGUCGAAUAUUAAUGAAGAGUCUAUAGAAGGGACGAUCAGAAAUAAUGUGGAUGUAGGAUGGGAUGCAGUGUAUACGGCUCAAAGAAUCGGGAGUUAUAAGCCUGAUUUGAGGAAUUUUGAGUUUUUGAUUGAGCAUGUUGAAGAGGAUUUGGGGGUGAAGAAAGAGGAGAUUUUGCACACCGCGCAGAGCUUGCGAGCCGAUCAUGUGCCUGUGAAGAAAAUGAAAAUGACUGGAGUUUGGAUUGACAGGGGAAACGAAGGUCAGGAUUAUGAGAAAUUGAAGGAUGAAGUCGCUUAUACAUGGAAGUUCAGCACUUUAGGAGAGAUGGCUGAUGCAGCGGAAGAGGCGUUCGAAGCCCAGGGAAACAAGGUAUAA